CCUAAAAAAAAUCCCCCACAUAACACACGCAAAGCAAGCACACCGUCCGUUGCAGAUUACUACCACCACCUCCCCAAAAUCCCAAUCGAAUCGAAAUCGAAUCGAGUCGAGUCGCCGCCGGAGCCGGAGACGGAGGCGGCAGCGGCGCAGCGGUAAUGGCGAGCCUCACCCUGCCGCCGGCGCCCACCAACCCUCGCCAGGACGCCAUCGACCUCCACAAGGCCUUCAAAGGGUUUGGCUGUGAUAGUACAACAGUUAUAAAUAUACUUACUCAUCGUGACUCGAUGCAACGCGCGCUCAUUCAACAGGAAUACAGGACUAUGUAUUCUGAGGAUCUCUCUCGCCGUAUAUCAUCUGAACUCAGUGGACACCACAAGAAAGCAAUGCUGCUAUGGAUUCUUGAUCCUGCUGGACGAGAUGCAACUGUUUUGAGAGAAGCUCUGAGUGGUGAUACUAUUGACCUGAGAGCAGCCACUGAGAUAAUAUGUUCCAGGACACCAUCGCAGCUGCAAAUAAUGAAACAGACUUAUCAUGCAAAAUUUGGUACUUAUCUUGAGCACGACAUUGGUCAGCGCACAUCAGGCGACCAUCAGAAGCUCUUGCUUGCUUAUGUGGGGAUUCCACGCUAUGAAGGUCCUGAGGUUGAUCCUACUAUAGUGACACACGAUGCAAAGGACCUCUAUAAAGCUGGUGAGAAAAGGCUGGGCACUGAUGAGAAGACCUUCAUCCGCAUUUUCACUGAACGCAGCUGGGCACACAUGGCAUCUGUUGCCUCUGCUUACCAUCAUAUGUAUGAUCGGUCACUGGAGAAGGUUGUGAAGAGCGAAACAUCUGGAAACUUUGAACUUGCUCUGCUAACUAUCCUCAGAUGCGCUGAGAAUCCAGCCAAGUAUUUUGCAAAGGUCUUGCGGAAGUCCAUGAAAGGUAUGGGCACUGAUGAUAGUACACUUAUAAGGGUUGUAGUAACAAGGACUGAGAUCGACAUGCAAUAUAUCAAGGCUGAGUACUACAAGAAAUACAAAAAAUCAUUAGCUGAAGCUAUCCAUUCCGAGACCUCAGGAAAUUAUCGAACAUUCCUCCUUUCUCUAGUUGGUAGCCAUUAGGCUACAUUUCGUCGACCCUGUGGCACUUGACGUUCCAUGACUAUCCUAAAUGCAGUGGUUCUACCUGGAAACUGUAAAAUUUCGCCAUCAUUGUGCUCUCUAUUCGUGUGUGCUUGCUUAAAAAUGUGUGUAUAUAUAUAACCUGGGCAUUAAAUAGUUGGUGCUUAAUAUGGUUUGGUGGUUCCAUCUGACAAGUCACUCGUUACUCGGUGCAUUUAUUCGAAUAAGUGAUGGUAUUUGGUCAUA